AUGAAGGAACAAAUACUGUCUUCUGCGUCACAUAGGGCAUGGCUGGGCAUAUCUGCUCUUUUAUUUUUAAAGUACCUCCACAGCGCGGUUUUUGGGCCCCUCAGCACAAUCGAGCGCAAUGAUCUCCAGGCACAAAUGACGGCCACCUUGAGCCAAGUGGCGGUUGCAAUGAUUUGCUUCCGCCAGAAGGUUGGCAUCCACACCGUGGUUGUUCUGUUUGCUUCGCUCGUGCUCAAAUGGUUCCACAAAUUAGCCGCAAGACGAGCUGCCGAGGAGUCUGUGCCCACGCGAAAGCGCCUGGGCUACCUGCUUGUGACGCUGCAUUUGUGUGACAUUGUCUGGUUCCACGCCAUGUCGGCCAAAAUCUACAGUAUCGAGGGCCCAACCCCACUCGUUCUUGCGCUAGCCGCCGAGAUCGCCGUGCUCUACGGAGAGCUGCUUGCGACGACAGGCCGAUUUCUACUACCGCAAAACCGCCUCUUUUGGGUGUUUUUAAGUAUUUAUUCUGCUGGACUGAAGUUGUUCGUGUACUGGGCUCUUUCCUUUUUGUUGCUUUCUAAAUGGUACUUUCCGGUGCACAUUUUGCGUGAUGCGUACUCCACAAUCCGCUGUGCGGUGUCUUAUUUGGCCGGACUGGUCUCUUAUCGUCAAGCGAGCAAACAUUAUGGCCUCGUUCUAGCCAAGUCUUGUAAAGGCAUCUGUCCCAUUUGUAUGGAAGACAUGAUAGAAGAGACCCCCGUCGAGACGGUCUGCGGCCAUGAACUUCAUUUAAAAUGCCUACGAGCAUGGCUAUCUAAAAGCGCUACGUGUCCCAUUUGCCGCACAGUGCAACGGCCUGGUCAAGUCCAUGACCAAAAGCGGCCUUACUCAACCGCCGUUGCACCUCGCUAA